AUGUCCGGAUACUACGGUCCAUCCUUUUACAACAAAUCUUCCCGACCACCGUCUCUAGCAGCAUCAAGAGCAAACUCAUCCUACCGAGUCGCUCAAAGUGCGCCAGUCACACCUCGAAAUGGAUCGAUAACUACACCCCGAAACGGCUCCAUCCCUUAUACGAUCGACGGUUCCACUGCUGCUCAGACGGCUGCGAACACUGCCGCCAACACCGCUCCUCAUACCGGCACCUCUACAUCCGCUUUCUUGUCAAGAGUGAACAGUAAGCUCGCAAAUGAAGACAAUGUCUCUAUGAACUCUGAGAUUCUUCGCAAUGAAAAGGGUGAGCUUAUGAUCGGGAGGAUCGCCGGUGGAAAACAUCUCACAGAUGAUAUUGAGGAUAUCGAUCCUGCUUGUGGACCCAUCAAGCGCGUCGAUUGCGACAUGCCCCUUACACUGACGGAAAUGGUCAACCACGAAGGCAAAGAGUACAUUGUCUUGAGCUUCGCGACUGGCGAUAAGGAAAAUCCUUUUAACUGGAAUCCCUGGCACAAGCGCAGCAUCACUACGAUGCUGAAUUUGAUGACGCUGUUUAUUGGCCUCGCGACUACGGCAUACAGCUCCGGUAUCAACAGCAUGUGUGAAGAGUUUGGUGUCGACGCUAUAUACGGACAACUCGGACUAUUCACGUUCAACAUCUCCUGCGCUAUCGCGCCGAUGGUGCUGGCACCUUUCUGUGAGCUUGUCGGCCGCAAAAUCGUAUACGCCAGCGCCUUCCUAUGCUUCUCACUCAUCUUCAUCGGCCUCGCACUCGCACAAAGCAUCGGCACAAUCAUUGGUCUCCGCCUGCUCCUCGGUCUCUUCGGAUGCGUAGGCACCAUCCUCGUCGGCGGCACAUUCGACGACAUGUACGAGCCGCACAAGCGCGGGCGACCCAUGGCCAUGUUCAGCUUCGUCGCUAUCUUCGGUACGGUCGCCGCGCCCAUCUACGCUGGCUUCAUCGACCAAGCACUCGGCUGGCGCUGGGUACAAGGCAUCCAAGGCCUCGCCAACAUUCCCCUUCUCAUCCUCAUCUUCGUCCUCUUCCCCGAGACCCGUGGCGGUGCUAAGCUUCACAAGCGCGCGAAGCAGCUCCAAAAAGCCACAGGCGACGAGCGCUACGUCGCUGAAGACGACAUUUACACGCCCGACGUCAAAUCGAUGCUUAAAGCCUCGUCUGUCAAAGCCCUUCGCAUGCUCGUCACCGAACCCGUCGUCUUCGCCUUCGGUCUCUGGAUCGCCUUCUGCUGGGCCGUCGUCUUCCUCUUCCUUUCCGUCAUCCCCAUCACCUUCACCGAGAAGCGCGGCUGGAACGAAGGCGUCAGCGGUCUCCCCUACAUCUCUCUCGCCGUCGGCACAGUCCUCGGCUGGGCGGCGCAUCAUUUCCAAAUGGCAAAGUACAACAAGCUACAAUCCGACCCUAACGUGCGCGUUGUACCGGAGCAUCGUCUCUAUGGCGCUAUGUUUGGCGCCGUCUGGCUCCCCAUCGGCCUCUUUAUUUAUUCUUUUACUCAGUACCAGCAGCUUAGCUGGGUAGGGCCAGUCAUCGGUCUCGCACCCAUCGCUUUCGGUAUCUUCUUCGUGUUUGAGAGUACGUACUCGUACACUGCGGAUUGCUACGGCGAGACAUCUUCGUCGGCGAUUGCGGGUCAGGGUUUGAUGAGGAAUACGCUUGGGGCUGUGACGCCGCUGUUUGCCAGUGCCUUCUUUCAUAAUGUGGGGAGUCAGUAUGCGGGAUUGAUUCUGGCGCUGUUUGGUACGGUGUUGAGUUUGAUUCCGUUUGUUAUGUUCAAGUAUGGGCAUUUGUUAAGGGCGAGGAGUAAGUUGGCGAAGGAGUAUUAA